UGUAUGAUGCGUUGUACGUGUUUGCCUAGGAUUUUCCCGACAGCAGUUAUGUAGAUGACAUUGUUACCUACCAUUAUAACUUUUCAAUAUAGUUCUUAUUCCAACCCACUAUCUUAGGUAUAAAUUAAUGAUAUAUAGUAUAAUUCCGAUAUCUCGAACCCAGAAACGAUGAAAAUGGUGCAAGUUUACGAAUAUUCGAGUUAUCUUGUGCUCGGACAUACUGGGGUUCGAAAGAAGUGCAAAACAGGUAGAAUUAAUGAACAUUUAAGUUAUCAGGGAUUCGAGUUAUGGAGAUUGUACUGUAAUACCGAUUUGAAGGAUUCUCUUAACCCACUUUAUGCAGUUUCAUAAAGCAUCAAAUGCCCACGAUGCUUGGAGCCGUUUUUGUUGAUGAUGCCAUUGCCAAUAAAACUGAAUAAAGGUUUAUUCAUAAGGCACUAAUUGUGGUAUACGCUGGUGAUAUUUAAAAGGCGAGCAUUCUUUUGACCCGUAUCAUGCAAUUAAUAGAAACAUUAAGGCCCGGUCAAUGCCAGUGAGUUCGCUUAAUUGAACCUGUGCUUGCGUGUACCAAGGCCCGUCACGGAUGCGUGAGCAGGCAUCGAUUACUGCUGAAGAACAAUCUUCUAGUGAACACAUUAUCUUUUGCUGCAGUGCAUGUAAUAAAAAAACAGCAUAACAAAGUUGCACGCCUUGCAGUCCAAGAUACGCUAAGCAGUGAAAAUAUUUUGCGUUUAUAUUUGUAUAUUUUCUAAUAUUCUGUUCUAAUAGGCCAGGUGUUUGUAUUUGUUUGUUUGAAUAGCACAGGUUGAGCAUACAGCGCAUCAAUUUACUUGCCAGUAACCUUUGAUCUUCAUUCAGCGUUCUGUUUGAUUUUUUGUUUUGCAAUGAUCAAGGUUCCGCCGGUAUUGUCUCAAAGAUUAUAAAGAAAAGAGAGCAACAUUCACAGAAGAUAUACCAAUAUGAUCACAAGGAGCCUUCUCGCAGCGACAUUGUUAAUUGCUGUUGUUGUGUUACAAAAUGUCGAAUCAAAGCCGCCUCGGAGGCACGAUGGAAACAACAAGGACAUGAAUAUCGAUUCGCUCAUUAGUGGCUUAGAUGAUAAGGACAAAGACCUGUUUCGAAGAGAAUUUGCCAAAGAAGCUCAGCGAUAUGAAAAAACACCAAAGGUUUCUGCAAAGAAAAGUUCAAGACCACAAGCUAAGCCUAAAGCUUCUAAGCGGGGAACUGUAAAGCCAUCAGUUUCAAAGAAAGCUGUAGCGAGCAAAAAGGGUUCCAGGAAUGACAAACGAUACCAAAUUCCUCAGCCACUUUCAUUUGCAGAUGUCCGUUCUAAGAUCAAGAAGAGGGCAAAGAAAAAGUCAAAAAAACCAAAAAGCCCUGGCUUCUGCGACCCACAGUGUGCACACACCUGUAUGCCUGAGUGUGACUUUCGUUGCUGUAUUCCCGGAUACCAAGGAGCGUCUCGCAUGCCGUCCCAGCAGAUAUUUCCACCAGCCACCCCUUAUAGCCAAUGCGGACAAAGUUGUCCUCAGACUUGUGCGCCCUCUUGCAGUCCACAAUGCUGUGCGGCAGCCUAUUCUGCAGCAAUGAUGCCGUGUGGUCCAUCAUGUUCUCCGUCAUGUGCCCCUCAGCAAUGUAAUCCCGGGUGUUGUGCUGCUAUGCCAAUGCCACCACCACAGCAUCUUCUCCCUGCUCUACAAAGGCCACCUGCGCCGCCACCUCCAAUGCCGUGUGGUCCUAGCUGUAAUCCUAUGUGCGCACCACAACGCUGCAGCCCUCAAUGCUGCAGUGCAAUGCCAGCACCACCCCCUAUGAUGCCACCUAUGAUGCCCCCGCCACCUCCAAUGAUGCCACAGUCCCCUUGCGGGCCAUCCUGUUCACCGUCAUGUGUUCCACAACGGUGCAGUCCAAGCUGUUGUGCAGCAUCACCCAUGCCACCACCUCCACCACCAAGAAUUCCUUCUCCAUGUGGUUUGGCUUGCUCUGCUAAUUGUGCUCCACAGUGCACCCCAAGUUGCUGUACAGCACUGCCGCCACCGGUCCCUCAACCUAUGAUGCCCCCAAGAUGUGGACCCCAAUGCCCAGCAAGCUGUGCACCACAAUGUCAACCAAGUUGUUGUGCAGCAGCACCCCCGAUGCCACCACCUCCACCAAUGCCAAUUCCGAUGCCGAUGCAGAUGCCGAUGCCUUCACGCUGCCCAGCCCCAUGCCCACAGCAGUGUGCUCCACAAUGCUCGCCUCAGUGCUGCGGCCAGCAACCAGUACAUGUAUGGAUGAAGCCAAUGGAGAUCACCGUUCCUGCUCCUCCACCACCCCCAAUGCCAUGUGGAAUGACCUGUGCGCCAUCAUGUGCGCCUGCAUGCUCACCAAGCUGUUGUCAAGCAGCACCAAUGCCACCCCCUGUUCCUGCCAUGCCACCAAGCCCUUGUGGACCAGCCUGCCCGGCUAAAUGUGCCCCAGCCUGCCAACCAAGCUGCUGUGGAGCUCCCCCUGCAAUGCCCCAGAUGCCACCAAUGAUGGCAGCUCCACCUCCACAAAUGAUGCCUCCCCCAAUGUUACCUCCUCAGAUGCCAUGUGGUCCUCAGUGUGCCCCUUCAUGUGCUCCUGCUUGUCAACCAAGUUGCUGCCAGGCAAACCAGCCUCCAAGAGUCGUAUCUUUGCCACCCCAGGUCAUUAACCUACCUGCUCCUCCUCUCCCUGUCAUGCCUGCCCCGCAAAUGACUUGUGGUCCUGCCUGUCCACAGCAAUGUGCCCCGCAGUGCCAACCAUCAUGCUGUGCAGCUCCUCCCCCGCCACCACCAAUGCUCCCACCUCCACCACCGGCCGCACCAAGCUGCCCUGCCUCAUGCCCACGAUCUUGCAUACCAGACUGUACGGAAGAAUGCUGUUCAGGCGGUGACCAUGAAAGAUGGGAUAAGAAAUCAAAAAUUGCCAGCCAGUUGGCGCAGUUGUAAAUAACAAUAAUGGAUCUUUCGAUUGAAGAACCCUUUUUGAGCGUAAUUCUUGUGUCACAGCAAGAAAGUUUAGUAUUCAAAAUUCAUAGAGUUUUGUUCUGUCAUCAACGAUGCUCACUGGAGUAUAAACAACCAAUAUGUUGUUUAUUUACAGUUGGGGCGAAGCUAUAAACACAAAAUUGUAAAUUGCAACUGACUUUAAAAUUUCAAAUAAUGUAGACAUUUUACAACUGAAACCCUCUCCAACCAAAAAAAUAUUUUCGAUUGAAAAGAAGGAUACCAUUGCUGUUUUUGACCGCAUCUUGUGUUCUGUUCAAAAUUAUGUUUAACCCUGCUGGAAGACGAAUUCGUAACGAUAGAAGCACACGUCGUCUUCACCAGCGUCGUUGUCACCGUAGACGGGGGUAGCUUCAACCAAGAUUCAACUUCUGAAUAUACAAGUUGCUCUCUCGCUAUGUUCAGUUUGCUUUUUUCAGCUUGCUUAUGUUUUUGUGUAGUAGCAUGUCACUAUUAUGGUGGUGCAUGAUGUUUCACGGUUAUGUACGAUAGUUGACCAUUAUGUAUUAUAAAUCAAAGUUAUAUACGAUAUAUUACAGUUGUUUACGAUAUUUUACGGUUAUGUACGAUAUUUUACGGUUAUGUACGAUAUUUUAUGGUUAUGUACUAUAGUUUACUUUGUUGUACGAUAUUGUUAGUCAUUUAGGAUAAUUUACCGUAAUGUAAGAUAUUUUAUUGCUAUGUAAGAUAUUUCUUCGUUACGUACGAUAUCAUGUUUAAAGAAAAGGUGACUGAGAGAAAUUUUGAAAGCUUUGAUAACGUUGAGAAAAUUUCAGAUGUGUACCACACAUACUUUUUGUCGUGAUGUAAUUUUCAAUGCUAUUAUUUUUGUAAAUAUUUUCAGAUAUUAGAGUGACCUUGAAACUGUCAACGUGA